AUGAAGGCUGUUACUAUCUCGAUUCUUUUCGGCGCCGUUGCGCUGGCCCAUCCCAGUGGCCUGUGGUGGGGUACCGAUUUCUGCUAUCCCAGUCCCGAAAACACCGACAACCAAUGCUCUGAUACUCAGAACACUGGUUUCGACUGGUCUGACCUCGUCGACGGUGAUGACUGGAGUUUCGAAGGCUUCAGCUUCAAUGGAGUCGCGCCCCAGGAUAACUGCGGUGGAUCCGGAGGCAACUGUAUCCAAGGAAAGCUGUCCCGAGAUGAUGGUUAUUCCAUCAGUGUGGACUCCGAGGACGCUCCGUUCUCCGUCAGCACUUUCCAACUGUCGACUUCCCGGGACACCAAUGUCCUUCUCAACUAUGAGCUGGCUGAUGGUUCCCACUGUCACCAGCUGGCUUUCAGCUCUCCCCAGGGCGUCGAUGUCACCAACGAGCAGUGUGGUGGCGCGGUUUCCGUUCAGUUCUCGCUUCCCGAGGACAGCAAGUUCGGCGAAUGUGAUCUGAAUAUCCAUUCCAUGGACUUUGACUGUUCUUCUGGACCCAAGCCUCCCCCCACGGCUUCAUCAUCCAAGACCACCGAUUCUAGCACAACUAUGACUAUGCCCACCGCGCACACUCAAUGGACCAGCAUCAUGACCCUGGCCACUACCGAGACCCCCUCGACCACUGAGAAGCCAAUGACUACUGAGACACCAGUGACUACCGAGACGCCAAUGACUUCCACUAUUUGGACGACCCAUGUAUUCACAGUGACUCAAUGCCCUGCCACUGUGACUGACUGCCCUAGUCACUCUACCCAGGUGAUGACCUCCACCUGGAGCCUGUCGACUUCUGUUCACCCGUCUGUCACUAAGGUUGAGACUGUGUCUACAAGCCCUGACACAUCCACCCCUGCCGAGGCCACUACAUCUGUCGUGCCUGCUCCCUGUCCCGAGGUCGUCCCUAAGUGCCUGAACACAUGGCUCAACGUCCCCAAGUGUGACUCCAACAGCGACACUGCAUGCUUCUGCCCAUCCACCGAGUUUGCGGACAAGGUCAAGUCCUGCAUCCACUCCUGGAGCUCCUCCGACGAGGAAUUGAAGUCUUCGCUUGCUUACUUCGCUGGCAUUUGCGCUCCCUAUGUUCCCAAGAAUCCUGCUAUUGUUGAAUUGCCCCCAACCACUUCAGAAGCGGUCUCUAUUCCCAUGACCACUCCCAUGCCUACUCACACUUCCCCUCUUACCAAGGGUACUCUGACUGCGGUUCCCCUGACUACUCCUUGCACCACCAUUACCUGGUCCUCUCACACCGUCACUGUCCCGCAGGUCGCUUUCAGCACGGUCACUCUGAGCUCCACCACCACCGUGUGCCUGGUUCUUGGCACCACCACCCUCCUCCCGCUACCGACAUCUCGACGAUGA